CCUCACGUUCACGACAUCGUUGAUUGCUCCGCUAUUUUCUAACAUCGCAAGCAGGAUAUCGCGGCAAUGGGCCUUGAUGGUAAUUCUGUUUUAUGUUGGCUGAAUCAAAUAUCCAGCUCUUUAUCGCCUACCGACCUUCUAUCGCAAACCCAAGCCCCGACUACCGUUCCCGACCCCGCCAAGGAACCGCCGCAGAAGAGACGUCGUUUUGGUAACAGCCGCCGCGCCGUGCCCCUCUCUCCGCCACGAUCGACGCCGAGAUCGAAGCAGGCAGGUUCAUUAAGCGACUCGUCAUUAGCACCGGCGCCCGCGCCGAUUGAAACCAACGUCAUCGCGAUUGCGACUAGGAUGAAGAGAUCACGACCCCACGAUGGGCCCAACGAGGCCGACGACAUCCCAGAGGGUGCGGUCGACCACCCGCAAACGACCCCAAGACUAGAGUCUCACAGCACAAGUUCAAGGCGCCGCUUAACAAAACCGACCCCAUCGCUCGCAUCCACUGCUGAGAGUUGUUCGGGAUACUCCUCACCUACCAAGGAACUCUCCCGAAUGGAGAUCGGACCCGAUGGUGUUAGCACCCGCAACAUGUCUCUAAGCGCGCCCGACAUGCCAACGUCUUUGAGAAAAAUGUUACUAGAAAUGGAGAACUUCAGCCGGGCUGACGGCGUCGUGCCCAAAGUCCUGCAGAAGCAGAUCGAUAAGCUCAGAGGCAAGGUGGGGGGCUUCGACGCGAUCACCAGAGACUAUAUGUACGACAAUCAAGAUCCGGUGGAUGAAGAUCACUACAGAUACCGUCAUUGCUUAGACGCGGUGUUGGAGGUCACGGAGCAAAGCAGCUUUUGUCAGGAUUCGCACCAGAUGGAGGAUGGCUGGAAUAACCUAGUGCACUCUCGGCUUCUUACGGUGGCGCUUCGAGACUUCCCUCCGAAAAAUGGACGCAUGUGUCUCGUUCCCUGCACGAGAGCAAAGAUUACUCGAGAAUACGUGUCGAAGUCUAGCGUUGGGAAAAUGAUCGAUUAUGUCCUCUGUAUCAACCCGCUUCACUCAACGAUGAUGCAAGACGAACCUGAAGCCGCCGCGGCCGUUGAUAAAGUACGCGGGAGCGCUGAUCUAGGCAUGAUCAACCACACCGACCAUGACGGGCUACGCCAACUGCCGCUCGCUGUCAGUAUCGAGACGAAACGCCGUGGCGAAAAUCAGACCAAGGCAGAGGCGCAGAUGGGUACCUGGCUCUCUGCGCAAUGGAACUUCUUGGCCCGCCAUACCAACGAGGAAAUGCUCGACAGGCUUGAGUUUAUCCCGGGACUACUUGUCGUUGGCGACGAAUGGAAGUUCGUGGCCUGCUCACGUCUUGGCGGCAAAAAGAUUCUCUGGCUUGAGCGUGUCAUAGGGUCGACAUCCAACGAAUUAGGCACGUUUCAAGUCCUUGCGGCCAUUCGAAGGCUCACGACCUGGGCAAUCGAGAAAUAUUGGCCAUGGUACAAGAAGGUAAUAUUAGGUAUUGCACCUCAGUCGAGCUAGCGCACGCGUCUCUAAAAGUAGUUUGGCACCCUUAGGUGGU